AUGAGCGACGUUGAAAAGAAAGAUGAAGGCAUUGUUGAAGAAGUAAAUGUCGAUGACAGCAAUGUUGAAGUUAAAUCAUCUGAACAAAAGAUUAAAGAAGCUUUAACUGACCCAACUAAGAAAAGAAAAGCUGAAGAUGAAAUUGAAAUUGAUAUAAAUAAAUCCAUUCCACUAUCCAAGAAGCAGAAACGUCUAUUGAGAAGAGGUAAAAUCACAUUGGAAGAUUUAAAUGCCAAGUUUAAUAUCGAUCCUUCUGCUAUCGAAGCAUAUAAAAAGGAAGCCGAAGGUAAGGGUACCAGUUCAGAAAUAAAUGAUGCUGAAGGUUCUAAAUCAGAGAAAGAAGAAAAGAAAGCUAAAAAGUUUGGUGUUUGGAUGGGUAAUAUGGCUUUUGAUACUACAAAAGAGGAUAUUAUCAAGUAUUUAGUCCUAAAAACUAAAACUCUAGAGGGGCCCUCUCAAAUCACAGAGACUGAUAUGGUUAGAUUUAACAUGCCCCUUGCCAAGAGUGAUGGCAAGAAGAUAAAAAAUAAAGGUUUUUGUUACAUUGAUUUUAAAACUCUUGAACAGAUGGAAUCUGCUAUCGCAUUAAGUGAAACUGAAUUAAAUGGUAGAAAAUUACUAAUUAAAAGUUCUACCGACUAUGCUGGCAGACCAGAUAAAUCUGAUUUAGUCUCAAUGUCUAAAAAUCCACCAUCCAGAAUAUUAUUCGUCGGUAACCUAUCCUUUGAUACUACUGAUGAAUUAUUAAGAAAACAUUUCCAACAUUGUGGUGAUAUUGUUAAAAUUCGUAUGGCAACUUUCCAAGACAGUGGUAAAUGUAAAGGUUUUGCAUUCGUAGACUUCAAGAACGAAGAAGGUGCCACAAAGGCACUAAGCGAUAAGUCAUGUAGAAAAAUUGCUGGUAGACCACUAAGAAUGGAGUUUGGUGAAGAUAGAAGUAAAAGAGUUGUUAAAAGAAAAGAACAGCCAGCUUCCAAAAGAGAAGCCUUCGAUAUUCCAACUCAAACUAGGUCUGAAUAUUCGUCAUCUAAUACUACUUCAGAAGCUGCUCCUGCAUCAGCCACUAAGAAACCAUUUAAGAAGUUCAACAACAGACAACACAUUGACAAAAACAAUCGUGUCAAGAGUAGUAUUGCAUUAUCGUCUGCUCAAAGAGGUAGUGUCGCUAUCGUCCAAUCUACUGGUAAGAAAACCACUUUUUAA